AUUUUAUACUUUUACUCCAAUUCUUUUAAAUAUAUCUCCUUUUUUUCUGUGAAUUGGUAACAAACAUAUAAUUUACUAUUGUACUUUUAAAGAACAAACACGUUUUUUUAUAUAAAUGCAUAUUAGAUCAUAUUUAUGAAAUAGUUAUAUCAUAUUAUUUCUCCAAAAUUUUUAAAAACUUUAUAAUCAAAUGGUCUAUAAAUAAAGUAACCUAUUAUCGUUCACUAGAAUCCUGAAAAAUGCGUAUUCUAUCGGCUCUUCGUUCUCAAGCUCUUGUCUCUUCGCAAUGGUUGCAAAAUAAUUUGCUGAAUAAACAAUUAAGAGUACUUGACGCUACAUGGACACUUAAGGCUGAUGGAUAUGAGAAAUAUUGCCAGAAGCAUAUCCCCAAUGCUGGACAUUUUGACCUUAAUGAAUGUGCUACUCCUCAUCAGUAUAGACCUAAUAAUCUUCCAGUAUUAAAACAGUUUAAAGAAUACCUACAGUCUCUGGGUAUAAAUUCUGACACCCAUGUUAUAUUUUAUGAUCAACUGGGAUCAGUAGCAGCCAGUCGAGCAUGGUCAACUCUUCGACUAAUGGGUCAUUCAAAUUGUUCUAUUCUUAAUGGCGGAAUUCAGAGUUGGGAAGAGGAUGGUUGCGAAACUGCAAGCGGAAGUGCACAGCCUGCAGCCGAUAAAGGAGAUUUUGAGCUAAAUUUUAAUAGAAGUUUAUUUAAAGAUUUCUAUGAUAUUAUUGAAAAUAUUGAAAAGAAACAGUUUACCCUUAUCGACGGAAGAAGAGAAGAUAAUUUCUUAGGAAAAGAAGAAGAGCCAACUCCUUCUACUAUUAACGCUUUGAAAGCGAAAAACUUUAAAGUUCCCGAAGUUAUUGCACGUGGUCACGUCCCUAAUUCAAUCAAUUUGUUUGCUUUUGAUGUUAUCAAUCGAGAAAAUGGAAAGUUUAAGGAAAAGGAGGAAGUUGAGGAUAUUUUCGAAGAUAGAGGUGUCGACUUAUCAAACAAUUUAGCUAGUAUGUGUUACACUGGAAAUUCUGCUUGCUUAUUGGCGGUAGCAGCUCAUACUAUCGGUAAAGAAGACGUAGCUGUUUAUUAUGGUUCUUGGACCGAGUACGCACAAAGAGCAAGAAAAGAUCAAGUUACUCUCGUUAAAUAA